AUGUCUACACCCGAUCCAAGAGCCAAAAUGCGUACUGUUAAAUUUCGUCUUUGCAAAAUACGUAAAUGGCCCGACUAUACCGGACUUGGUUUCAGUCUUGGAAACACAACAGAACCACCAUUUCUUGUUGGAUUAGUUGAAUCUAAUAGUCCAGCAGCUGCUGGUGGUCUCAGAAUCUCGGAUGUUAUUAUUGAAGUUAAUAAGAAAGAUAUGACUAAAGCCAAGGCCAAGUACGCAGAUUUAACAGCAGCUAUUCAAAAAGCACGAGAUUCUAAAGGAACUAUUGAUUUACUAGUUGUUGAAAAACGUUGGUAUGAUCAAUUAAUAAAGGAAAAAACCAAAUUUGAUCCAAAACUUGCCACAACAUUAGAAACACCACCAACAAUGCCACCUGAUUAUAAGAGUUUUCCUCAAAAUACGCCUCGUACUUGUGAAAUACGUUUAACUAAAGAUAAUGAACCGCUUGGCUUUGAAGUUGUUAAUGGUGAUGGUGAUAUUGGCAUGUUUAUUCAAGAUGUUAAUUCAAGUUCAGUAGCCAGUAGAGAAGGAUUACGUAAAAGUGAUCGAAUUAUUGAAGUUAAUGAUGAGUUUGUUGAUGAUCGACCAAGUAAACAUAUAAUGGACAAAAUGAAAGAAGCAAAAACAAAUUUAUAUGUGAAAUUAUAUGUUCUUGAUACGAAAACAUACAAAAAUUUUAAACAAAAUAACACACCAUUGGCAUCAUCUCAUCAUAUCCGUCCAGUGCAAACGACAAGAUUAGAUGAUGAUGUUACUGAUGAUGAGUAUGACAAUAAUGGUAAGGGUAAUGCUGAUGAUCGUUAUCGACCAACGGCGCCAACUCCAUCAGUAAACGGAAGAAGAAGUCCGACACGAAGUGAAGUACCCAGUACACCAGUUGGUCUAGCAGCAUUGGCAAAACAUAAUCCAAUACAAGCAGCAGCAAAUUCAAUACCAAACUCACGACUAUAUCAAGUUCGUCGUACUCCAGGUGAGAGUUUUGGUUUUAGCGUAAAUUCCAAACAACCAGGUCCAUAUCCACAUAUGAUUACUAAUAUUGCACGCGGUUCACCUGCUGAAAAAUAUGGUCUUCGCGAGGAUGAUUAUAUUUUAACUGUUAAUAAUCGUGAUGUAUCAAAAGUGGGUGCGGCCGAUUUUAACCCCUUUCUACGCAGUGCAUUCGAAGAAUCUGAUGCACGUAACCAGCCAUUAUCAAUAGAAGUUAUCAAUAAAGAUGCAAUGACACCGUUACCACCAUAUGAUACAUCUUAUGUACCAAAACCACCAAGUACUAUUACAAGACAGUCAUCUAAAGCCAGUACUAUUGUCAAUGAAACUUAUCCAGAAAUGCGUCUUUGUCAAAUUAAAAGUGGGCCACAGUAUCAAGAAAUUGGAUUUGAUAUUAAUCAAUUACCAGGUAAACGCGGUGGAAAUGGUGGAUUUCAAAUACAAGAUCUAAAAACAAAUUCACCAGCUGCUCUUACAAAGAUUUAUAAUAACGAUUAUAUUAUUGAAGUAAAUGGAGAAAAUAUUGAAAAUGACGAUUAUGAAUCUGUUCGAGAUAAUAUCACAGACAGUUAUGACUCAAAUAACCAAAUUGAAUUACUUGUUAUUGAUCAUGAUGGUUAUCAAUGGUAUAAAACUCGUAAUUAUCCUAUUGAUCCAUCAUCACGAAAAGCCAAUUGUGUUCGGUAUACAACACCAAGUUCUUCAUCACGACCAAUAACACGACCAUCACCACCACCAUCACGACGACCAUCACCACCACCAUCACGACGACCAUCACCACCACCAUCACGACGACCAUCGCCACCACCAUCAACACGACCAUCACGGCGACCAUCGCCACCACCAUCACCGACACCUUCUAAAACGACUGUUAUAAGUGAAAUAGUAAAACAUACACCUACUAAAACAUUAUCUCCUGGAGAUAAAUCUAAUUUAUCAGCAACAACUAAUCAAAUGAACAAUCAAUCAUCUAUUAAUGCUAAUCAACAAUCAUCGUAUAAUAAACAUGGUGAAUACGGAAUUAAUCAAAUAGCAAAACCAUCACCAUUUGCGACUGAUUUAUCUAAAAAUUUAUCAUUAUCACGUGGAGCAGUUGAUGUUGUAUCAGAAAAACGUGUAUUUCGUUUCUGUCGUUUACAUAUUAAUCCUGGUCAACAAUGUGGUUUUCAAUUAGAAACUGGCAACAAUAAACAUGUUGUUCGUUAUGUUAAACAUGGUUCUCCAGCUGAUAAAGCUGGUUUACAUGUGAAUGACUGUUUACUUGAAGUAAAUAAUGCAAAUGUAGAAAAUAAAUCGGGUGAAGAGGUGGAAAAUUUAAUCCAAAAUGUUAGUCGCAAUGGUGUUGUAUGUUUACUUGUUGUACCAAAUGAUGUAAAACCAUUAAGAAUACGUUCAUCGAAAUCUGUAUCAGCAUUACAUGAUAGUCGUCACUAUCAGGAUACUACUACUUCUAAUGAAACACUCAAUGAUAUUAAAGAAUAUCCAUCAUCAUUCAAGAGAUCUCAAUCAGCAUCACGUCUUCAUGGUGAACAUAUCAAUCGAGAUCCAUCAUUUCAACCAACAGAUCCAUUACCACGUAAAUGCGUACUCACUCGUGAUUCAUCAUUUCGUGGAUGCGGUUUUCGAUUAAGUAACGAACAAAAUUUAGAUACACCAAUUGUCGUUGAAGUAUUACCCAAUAGUCCAGCAAAACGAAGUGGUUUAAGUGAAGGUGAUCAUAUAUUAUACAUUGAUACACAAAAUAUUCAAACUUUCAUUUCAUUUGAUGAUAAGAUACAAGCAAUUCAACGUGCAUUUGAACGAAAUGGUCAAGUUGAACUUGUUACAUUAACUGGUCCAGGAUAUCAAAUCUUAAAACAACGUGGUGGUUAUUUAGAAAGUUCAGUAUUUGAUUAUCACUUAUCGAAUACAAGUCAUAUGAAACCGCGUUUGUGUAAAUUAAAUUUAUAUAAUUAUGAACAUGAUUUUGGCUUAAAAUUACAUCGAGAAAAUUUCUUAUUAACGGUUAAAUCAGUUCAAAAAGGUUUAGCAGCAGAUAUAUUUGAUAUAAACGAAGGUGACAUCGUUCUUGAAUUAAAUGAUCAAGAUACGAAAUAUUUAUCGACAACUCAAGUGGAACAAAUUAUUGAAAACAGUAAACACGAACGUACAUUAAAAAUUUUAGUUAUUGAUAUUGAUGGUUAUCGAUAUUCGGCAAAACAUGCUAUUCCAAUUAAUUCACAUUUAAGUUUUGUUCAAACACAAGAUGAACGAAAUAUAACAAAAAAUAAACGUAGUCACGGAGAACCAGUUUAUUUAUAA